AUGGAGACCCUGCGCCUAAAGAACCGGCCCCCGGCCCCGGCCGAGGAGGAGAUCGAGAACUGGGACGACGACGACUUCAUAAUCGAGGGCGACGACCUCACCUUUACGGCCCUCGUUAACUCGACAAACCUCUCAGCCAGCCGCCGAGACUCCCAGUCAUCCUUCCGCUCCGAGUUCGAGUCGGUCGGUGAAGAAGAGCGUCAAGUGCAUCUCCCGGGAAACGAUGAGAAGUCGACUCUCGAUGCCAUUGCCGCUGCUGCCCAGGCCGGCAUCCCACUACCGAAGAACAUCCCUCCCUCAGCCUUGAUGGGCGGAACCAUCAAGCGUCUGGGUGGCAGGAAAAUAAAGAAGAUAAUCCAGGAGGACUGGACGGAGGAUCUCGAGUUUCCUGAAGGAGUCCAGAACCUCAAGAUUAAGAGCAGAAAUACCACACCCUUCCCCGAGGCCCUGCGGCAAAUUAGCACCUCAGCCACGACAAGUCCUAGGAAGCCCCGCGACUCGUUGAACCUCUGGGAGGAGCCCAUGAAAGAGAAGGGCAGUUCGUCCCCCGGCUUUAUCGACCUCGAAAAGUUUCGCGAUGCCGAAGAUGACGACCUGUUUGGAGACGGUCUGGAGACGAUCAAGGUAUCUAAGAGACGCCAGCCUCCGAAGCCGCUUUCCCUCAUUACCCCGCCGACCCCGCAGAAGGAGAAAUGCGAUGAUGCGGAUGACGACUUUGAGAAGGACUUUGAGCUGCCGGAGGACGGCACGCUGAAGCUUACAUCCCGCAAGGAUGUCCCCAAAACCCCGACAUUCAAUACUUUGCUGGAAGACCUCGAGUGGGCGGAGGGCAGUCUCGGCACAAGGGUUGGGGGUACGCGCCGGGACCUGCAGUCCGGCCAUAGCUCCUCAAUUUCCGCCUUUAGUCCCAGCAUUGCCAGCUCUAUGACUGCUGAGAGCGAAGACGACACCUUCGACGGCCUGAUCCUGCCGAGCGGUCCCCUCGACUUUGCCGAACGCCUCAGACGCCGCCGCCAGAGCCGGUCGCCCUCCCGCAUCCCCGACGAGCCCAUCCAGGAGGAAGAGCCCGUCAAACAGGAGCCCAAGGAGAAGCCUAAGCAGCAGGACUCCGAAGAAGACUUCCUAGAGGGUCUCGAUAUCGGCGAUGGAGAGAUCUUUGAUCCCCGCAAGCUGACCCUCAACCGCAAUAUCCAGGUCAAGGAGACUCGUCCUACAAGCCCCGCCCGGCCUAAGGCCUCUGUUGCCCUCAAGUUCACCAACAAACCUACGACAGCGUCGCGGCUGCCCCGUCCGACGCACGAGCGCUCGCACACCCAGCCUACCCUGGAACCGGUUUCCGAGACAGGAGGCCCGAUCUCCCGCACCCACACCCGACGCUCGCUGUCCCGGCUGGGCCACGCUUCGCACUCGUCUGUCACAAGCAUCAGCAGCAUUGCGACCACUACGUCCCCGACUCCGACACCCUCGUCUUCGCACGGUGCGACGCUAGCCACACCGCGGAGAAAUGCUGGUGUCCAGAGGUCCGAGCCGACUACCACCAGCUCCCAGCUCCUGCGCAUGAAGAGGUCCAUGCCUGUCAUCAGCAAGUCGCAAUCGCCUGCUCGCGGUCAAGCAACAUCGACUACUCGUGGCCAUGAACGCCCUCCUUCUCGGACUGACCAGCCCACAAGUCGCAUCCCCAUCCGGCCCAAGACCCCGGUCGAGCGAUCCAGGCCGGUAGAGGACUCGGCGACCAUCACUCGCAAGGCUCCUCCUGUGCCAUUCGUCCCUGCUGGCGCCUCCGCCGAACAGUCGCACAAUAUCAACGCCAAGGCGCGUGCGCUACGUCGCCAUGACUCUGAAGCCAGCAUCGACUUCCGGCCCACUUCCCGCGCUGUCUCGCGCUCAGCCAUCCGCUCGCCUAGUCCGCGGCGGUAUCGGCCGAUCAGCGUGAUCGAGAAGACGCCGGACGGUAGCUCGUGGAGCAAGCUUAGUCUGCCUCGGCGGGUCAGGAACUUUGGCGAUGGCCACGAGCUGGAUGCGUUUGACGACCUGCCUACCUCUAGUCAAGCUGAGGCCAGGUUCCUCAAGCAGCCUGUCAGCGGCAGGUCGACAAUCCGCACGGCCGUCAAUAAUAACAACAACAACAACAAUAAUAAUAAUAAUAAUAGUAGUAGUAGUAGUAGGAGUAGUAGCAGGCCUGCCCUGCCAGAGCGCACGCCACCCACGACACCGUUCUCGUCGCGCUAUAAUGAUGGCAAUGUCCCGAGCUUUGCACGCGAUACUACCGCGAGUCGUAUUGCGAGGGAGACGAACCUUGCUCAGCGUAAUGCGUCGGGAAUCAUUGCGCCUUUGACGGCUGCCCGGGUUGCACAGAUCUCGGCGAGGAGUAAUCUGCUUGCGCCACAGACGGCUGCGAGCGCGACGACCAAGGCGAAGAAACGUCGUUCGCCGCAGGCCAAGCCGCAUCUGAUUGCGAACUUGAAUCCGCCUAGGGAAUCGAAGAUGGUCAAGGGUAUGUGGUACAACCCGGAGACCUACCGCUGGGAAGGGAACGACACCGUUCUCUCCGCCUUCGACCGCGUCUCGACCGCCUCCUCUACCAACACCACCUCGGCUACUCUCGGCAGUGCUGGUGGUUCUCAAUUUACGCCUACCCUCCGCGGCGCCGGCUCCGGCCUAGGUUUUCUCACCGACCGCGACACAGCAUCCGCCACCCCGCGCCCCGCGCUCAUCACCAACAUUGGCGCUUCCGCCACCAAGGGCGUCAAGGUCGUCGGGGGAAUGGUGUUUGAUCCGGUGAAUAUGUGCUGGCUUAAGGUUUCUCACGUCCGACGGGGUGAUAGCGAUGACGCUGGAAGCGACUCGGACGACCCCUUUAAAGACAUACCCGAUCUCGAGGAGAGGACUGUAGCCUCAACGGCUACGUCCGAUGGUAUCCCCGGCUACAUGAGUGGCUAUGGUUCUGGGUCUGGUGCCGGAGCAGGCGGUGGGGGGAGCAGGUAUAGUGAUAUCAAGGAUGAUUGGCUGGUAGGCGAGGAGUUUGAUGUCGGGCCGGAAUUUGUCAGGCGCCAGAGGGAGGAGGAGGAGCGGUGGAGGAGGAAGUGUCAGGUUUGGGUUGAGCAAGGACGAUUGGUAGAACGGGGGGACGCGUGGAAGUGGGCUAUUAGGGAGAUUGUGAGGCAGAGUGCCGGUGGGGAGGAGUGA